AUGCCCAACUCGGCUUCAGAUCGCCCGUCGCCCCAGGGAAAACGGAAACUCGAUGAAGGGGGAGCCGACGAAGCCCAAGGCAAAAAGGCGCGGGUUAUAGGUCCGAUCAUGCCACCCGCACAUCUCGUGCCUCAGGCCGAUUCGGACAACGAGAGCAGCAGCGGCGACAGCGACGAUGACGAUGAUGACGGCUACGGCCCUACUCUACCACCGACAAACAUUGAUCCUGACGCGCACGGAGGAGAUACUGGCAUCUGCGAGCAGAGUGAAAGCCCGGUUGGCCCGUCAGCACCACCGGGCGCGGAGCCCACCAAACGAGAUGACUGGAUGUUACGCCCUCCGGAACAGCUAGAUUUGUCGUCAAGGGUAGACCCAACGAAACUGCGGAAUCGGAAGUUCAAUACUGGAAGAGCUGCCAAUGCACCAACUGGAAAGUCGAUGGCAUCAACAUGGACGGAGACAGCGGAACAGAAGCGAAAGCGCUUGGAAAAUGAAGUGAUGGGAAUCCAGGCGCCAGCUUCGUCUGGUGCUCCUAGGCCUCAGGUUGAAGAUUCAUCGAGGGCGAUCUCGAUGCAGGAGAAAGCUCGCAAUAAGUCGCUGUAUGCGCAGCACCAGACUAAAGCGGCCGACGUCGAGAAAGACGAUCCUAGCGCGCGGCCAUUUGACAAAGAAAAAGACAUUCGUGGUCCUUCUAAAAUCAAUCAUUCCCAGCGACGAGAGCUGCUCAACAAGGCCUCCUCCAACAUCUCCUCACGCUUUUCCGGAGGAAAUUUCCUGUAA